ACAUGAGGGUAGGUUAAGGGCAGAGAGGGUGUAAAGGAGAAUAAGGAAGGGGCAGAGAGGGUGCGAAGGAGAAUAAGGAAGGGGCAGAGACCGAGGAGGGGAAAGGGUAGAGCUGAGCUAACAGGCAGGGCAUGAGCUACUUCCUGGCGGUGUCCAGCUCUCACGGGGAAACGGUGGUGUCCCGCUACAGAGCUCUGCGGGAUGAAAAGCUGCUGUGCGACGUGGUGCUGGUGGCUGAGGGCAUCGAGUUCCGCGCCCACCGCUCGCUGCUGGCCUGCGCCAGCGACUAUUUCAGGUGUCUGUUCAAGGCGCACACGCGGGAGGCGGGGGCGGCCGUGGUGCAGCUCCAGCUGGUGUCGGCCGGUGGCCUGGGCCGGGUGCUCGACUUCAUCUACACGUCCUGCCUGGUGCUGUGCCCCGACAGCCUGGAGCAGACGCUGGAAGCGGCCAGCUACCUGCAGGUGCCCGAGGCCCUGCGCCUCUGCUCGGUCUACCUCGCCAGCAGCCUCAGCACGGCCGACUGCUGCCGCUUGGCUAACCUGGCGGCGGGCUUCGCUUUGUUCGAGGCCCGGCGCCACACCGACCUCUACAUCGCCUCCAACCUGUGGCGCCUACUGGAGCAGGGAGUCGAGCGCAGCGGCUUGGCCGACCUUAACCCGGACUCGCUGCUGGCCGUGCUCGACUCCGAGCGGCUGCCCGGGGUCCCCGAACACGCCUUGCUGGGGCUGGCCCUCGAAUGGCUAGGCCGCGGCCCGGAGCCCGAGCCCCAGCGCUGGAGCUUCGCCGACGCGGUGCUGAGCCGUAUCCGCUAUGGCCUCGUCCCCUGCGCCGAGCUGCAGAGGCUGCUGCUGCACGGAGGGCAGGGAGCCGCCGGUCAAGCUCCCGGCGCCCGCCGCCUCAUCACACAGGCCGUGCGCUACCACCACGCCGAGGCCCGCCAACCGGUCCGCCAGAGUCGGCAGAGCACGCUGAGGAGCGGGCAGAGGCAGCUGGUAGUCGCCGGCGGGCUAUUGCUGUUGGAGCGGGCGGAGGGCGACGAGGCAACCGAGGGCGACGAGGAGACCGCAGCCGCCGCCCCCCGGGCCUACUGCGGCUUGUCGGCCCUCGAUCCCCACUCCGGCUGCUGGCGGCCAUUGGCUGACGGCCCGCGGGUGCAGGGUCACUGUGCGUGCGUACUGGGCGACUUCUUGUUCGUCCUUGGUGGAGAACUGUUGGAGGAGGCCGGGGAGGCGGGUCACAGCGGUCCGAAGCUGCUGCCCAGCCGCCGCGUGUUCCGGUACGACCCCCGCUCCAACAGCUGGGACCGGGCCGCGAACAUGCUGAAGCGGCGGGCGCAGUUCGCCUGCGGCGUGCUGGGCGAACGCAUCUUCGCACUGGGAGGCCGCUGUGGCCCUGGCGAGGCCUCGCUCUCGGCCGCCGAGCUGCUCGAUCUGGGCGGCAGCGGGCGCUGGGUGGAAACGGCCGAACUGCCGCAGCGGCUGCACGGUCACGCUUGCGCCGUCCACGCCGGCACUGUCUACGUCUCGGGAGGGCGGCCGGCCGGGCAGGCCGAGGCUUGCAAAGACAUGCACAGCCUGGGCCCGCAGCCGGGGGCGACUUGGCAGCGCUGCCCGCCCAUGGCCAUCGCCCGCUUCGGCCAUCAGAUGGUCACGGUGGGCGAGCGCAUCUACUCCUUCGUCGGCAUGUACGAGCCCUUCUGCGAUAUCGAGUGCUACGAGCCGCUGCGGGCCCAGUGGCAGCGUCUCCGCCCUCUGCUCUUCGACCGCUCCUGCUACGGGCUGGCGGUGAUGGACGACACCGUCUACCUGGUGGGCGGCAAGAAGUGGCAGCAGGGCCGCGAGGUCCCGACCCCAAGCGCCGUGGCUUACGACCCGGCCUCCGACAGCUGGAGGGAGGUGUGCCGGCUGCCCGUGCCCCUGUAUGCCACCCAGUGCGGGGUGUUGCUCCUGCCCGAGCUGCCCGAUGCCCAGUGCAAAGCCGGCCUGCAGUAAUGGCUCUACAGUGGGCGGCUGCCGGGCGUAGCACCGGCCGGAUGCGGUGAAAGGCUUGGGUUUGCGUUCCAACCAGAUAGAUCAUUCCAAGCGUGAAGGUAGUAUAUGAAGGAAAACAAUGCAGAAUAUAGUGUUUCACUCACAGGGAAAGUGUUGGUAGUCUAAUAAAGUGACUGGAAACAUUCAAGGCAGUGGGGUGCAAUCUGUUCCUGAACAAGAGUGUGAACCAGCAGAUUGUUUCACUGUUGUUCUGUCUGUCUGUAUCUUGUUUUACAGCGGUUGGCAUCCAGCUUAAUGGUGCAUUACCACCACGUUUCACUGUUGUUAAACCUUUGAGUGGAUACUUAAAGGUGUAAGCCUAAUGAGCAGGUGCCUUUAACUCAUUCAGUGUAAGUCAAUAAUAAUAACGUUCAGGUGGAUAAACAUUGACUGAACUCCACUGCACUGAGUGCUACUUAGGAUACAGGCCACACUACAAACGGAAUGGAUGAUUUCUCAGUAGCCAUUAACUUUAAGCGUGGAUGUGGCCAAUACGGAAUGAAAUUCUAAGACCUACGCUUUCUACAGUGCAGGGGUGAAAGCUGAAUGAAUGACUUUAAUGUCUUGGCUGGAUAAAUUCAAGUAAUGAAUUCAGAACCUUUCUCCAUUGCAGUGGGGUAUUACAUUGAGUGGCCAGAGGUAAUCUUAUUUUCCAAUAAAACAUAAUGGAAAACCGUCAGCAGUUAACUCACGCAGUGGAAUACAAAUAUAAACAAAAAUACUUUUUCAGUUACAGAUGGGAGUGUUUGAUGCAGGUCUUCCUUUCUGCUCAUUAAUUGUACAAUACAUUCGUUGAAAACUCCUAUGCAUUUACUUGGAUGCAGUGUGCCUGCUGUUUUUUUUUAUUUUUGAUGUCAUUUACUCAAAGGUUAGAAAACUGAAAGUAAGACUGGUGUGACAAUAUCUUUCAUCCAGCCCUAUGCCUUACAAAUGUUGAUAGCUUUGGAUAGCUUACCAUGGAGCUGGUGUACCAAAGGGUUGAGUGAUGUUAUGCAAAAAGACUGGAGAUGUUUGGAUUGCUUUCUUGAAGAGAUGGCAAAAGGAACAUUUAAGAGAUGUGCCCAAAAGUAUGAAAGUAUGUAAUUGAGAAUGUUGAGAAAAUUUGUUUUUUCUUUCAGGGAAGUCACUGGCUAGAAAAGAGAAUUGUUUUUUGAUAACUGUGACAAGAACCCAGAGAAAUGAGAAUAUUUACAACCUGCAAUAAUGGGGUUAAAGUGUGUUGGGAGCAGAUUCAAUAGUAGUUCUCAAGAAGGAACUGAAUAAGUAGAAAAAUGAAUAUUUCCAGGGUUACAGGGAAGUUGCACUAUUUGGAUUACCACUUGAAAGAAGCAGCACUGAGAGCGUGGACAAUUUUAUGGUUUAUAAUAAGCUUUUGCAAUCUCUUUACAGCUUUGUAUCUAAUUUCAGGAUACUUUAUUUGA